AUGGAUUUCCCUCCUGUCCUCAAUCUUCUCACACAAUUUGGAUGCGGCUUCGUCCUUCUACGCUCCCUCUCGCGCUUUUUCAACAUUUUAGGCCUCUUUUUGAUGCUCACCUUUUGGUUCAAGGUUUGGCGCUUCGGCUGGAAUUCCAAGAGCGCCGUUCGAUUCCUCUGCGACUCUGGAACCGUACCCAAAAUCCGCUUCUGCCUCGACAAAGUUGCGUGGGGAGGUUCUAAAGCAAAGACCAGACCUUUCAAAAAAGUGCGCCGGCCCAGGUCGAGUUCCUCCAUCAGGAGGCGCUCCAAAAGCUCCCGACAGAGAGGCAACGCAGGUUCCGAAGAUGGGUCGGAGGGGAGGGGCGAAAACGAGAGGGAUAUCGGCCUCGAGGACGAGGUGUACGAUGUAACGACGCUGAGAAAAAUGGUGAAGAUAGAGAGACUGAAGGCCAAUGCGGCGUGUGCAGACCUCGAGACGGAGAGGACAGCGGCUGCCUCGUCGGCGGAGGAGGCAAUGGCGAUGAUUCUGCGGCUACAAAAUGAAAAGAGCUCCGCAGAGAUUCAGGCCACGCAGUUUCGGCGAAUGACGGAGCAAAAGCUAGAUUACGACCAGGAAGUGAUUGAGUCGUUGCAGUGGACCAUCACGCAACACGAGUUGCAGAAGGCUGAGUUGGAGGAUCAGGUGGAAAUUUGUAGGGAUGAUUUGAGGCAGUUUAUGAGGGACGAGGAUAUAGAACAAAUUGAAGUUGAAGUGAGUCGGGAUUAUACCUAUAAUGAUGAUGAUGAUGAUGAUGAUGGUGGUGGUGGUGACUGUGAUGGUAAUUCUGUAGUUAGCUCUCCCGGAACCGAAUCACAGAUCUUGAUUGACGCCUGGAGGAUGCGUGUUAUGUACCCUAUAUGCACUCAACUACACAUCAUGAUGGGUAACACUCCUAACUUUCUGGUUUAUGGUUGUAAAUUUGUUGAGAAUUGGAUUGAAGCACUUUCGUGCUGUUCUGAUGCUAGCUCACUUGAAAUUGCAGGAUUCUUUGUAGUGGACGUGUUCAAUUAG